AUGACUUCCACAAUUUCAUCCCUCUUUGGCUACAAGCCAAAUAUCCUCGGAGCACCAAAGGCUCCCGAGGGACCACCGAAGGCCCUCCCUGCCUCGUGGUAUCGCUCCCCAGAAAUCGUCGGGCCAUCUUUUUCAAAAAAAUGGAUCUUGAUCACCCACAAGCUGCGGUUUGAGAAGCCGGGAGACUAUCAUCGGUUUGAGGAGGCUGGAUUUUCGUUUUUCCUGUGUCUUGACCGUGAAGGUAAGCUGAAUGGGUUUCACAACAUCUGCCGCCAUCGCGCGUUCCCUUUGGUGUCUCAAGAUGAUGGUAAUGCCAAAAUCCUCUCGUGCAAGUAUCAUGGCUGGUCAUACGGACUCAACGGGAAGUUGGCCAAGGCACCCAAGUUUGACGAUGUCCCCGGCUUCAACAAGAGCGAGCAAAGUCUGUUCCCAGUACACGUCCACGUUGAUGCGUUAGGGUUCAUCUGGGUCAACCUCGACUCAUCUCCGACCUCGAUCCCAUGGGAAGAGGAUUUCAAGGGCGUCGACACGCAAGAGAGAUUCCAGAAGUUCGAUUUCAGCCAGUACACGUUCGACCACACUUGGCAUAUGACCGGCAACUAUAAUUGGAAGACUUUGGCGGACAACUACAAUGAAUGCUACCAUUGCGCCGUUGCGCACCCAGAUGUAGCAAACUUAGCCGAUCUUUCAUAUUACUACACCGUUUCGAAGCCCGGACACAUCCAACACUUCUCGCGACCCAAGGAGGACAAGGCGGAUGAGGAUAUUGAAAAUGCCAGCACGUAUUAUUUUCCCAAUGCGUGUAUGACCGUUUCACCCCACUUCUUCUAUAUGAUGCGAUGCGUCCCGACUUCGGCCGGAACUUGCUCCAUGGAGUAUGAAGUAUACCGUCACAAGGGGGCUUCGGAUGAUGAUUUUGAGCACAUUGAUUCGUUCUUCAAACGGGUGUUGGAUGAGGACAAGCAUCUGUGCAACGCUGCGCAGAGGAAUCUCAACUCUGGGGUAUUUGUCAACGGACAGCUGCAUCCAGAUCUUGAGAGUGCGCCGCUUUUCUUUCAGAACACAGUUAGGGGCUUACUGAUAGCUCACCGGGAUCAAGAAAAGCGCGAGAAAGUUGAAAUCUGGCCAGCGCGUCAAAGUUCUGCAGGCUCGGCUACGGCCGAGGACAUUGAGUUUUGUUCGGGACUUUCGUGCGGAGAAGGGUCGAGUAGUCUCGAAUGGUAA